CUUUUGUUCAUGAUUUUUUUUUUCCUGAUGCCAGAUCGAGGUGGAUGAAGAAGCUGUUGUACUACUUCUAGGUCUACUAGUUCUUUCUUUCUAGUUGUCGAACUACUAGUAGGUUGUGCAGUCGCUGUUGUUGUCUCAGACAGUAGUAGGAAAGGAACAACAAGAAAUGCCAGCCGGUCGCAGUGAGCUUGUUUCGGAGCUUCGUGCUCAGGCUUUGCAGCUGAAAGAUACGCACUUGCGCAAACUCGUCACGAGCGGAAACGCGUCGCGUGAAUCUUAUCUCUUUCGCGAGCACUUUCAGGGUCCUGCGGUCGAUGGCGGUGCACGACCUGUCAAUCUGGGUAUCACGGCUGAUUUUACACGGCAGAAGCUGAAUGAAGAGGCUGUCGCGAAAUUAUUGCAAUUUGCAUCAGAACAAUGCCAGUUGCAGACUAAGAUUUUGGCAAUGCAGUCUGGGGAUGUGAUGAACGCCACAGAAGGGCGCGCUGUGUUGCACACGGCGUUGCGGAUACAGGAUCCGGGCUUCAGUGCCAGUUUAUGGCUCGUCUUGGACAAGAGAAUAGAACAAUCAUAGAGACAUAGAUUGACGGAUUUUGUCAACAAAAAGUUGUAAAAUCAUCCUCGACCAGCACAGCCUUGUUUCCUAUGAUCUUCAAACAUUUUUAUAUUUAUCUGCAGGAGCUCUAGCUAGGUGGCACAAGAAGAACCUCCGCGGCCCCUCGUCUAACUCCCAACGGGAACGCCCAAGCUGAGGCAGAGACCGCUUCCUUGUCCUCAGCGUCUAGCUCGUCUCCCUACGCUUCAGAGAUUAGCAGUGAGGUCCUCCGCGUUCGACGCGAGAUCAGGGACUUCGCAGAGCAGGUGCGUUCCGGCAAAUGGCUUGGUUGUACUGGUAAGGAGCUAAAAGACGUCAUCUCAGUCGGCAUCGGCGGGAGCUACCUGGGUGUGGAAUUUGUGUUGGAGCUAUGCUCUGUCUUCAAGUAGGAUCAUUCAUGCACGACCAUAACCAUAAGGAGCCUCGUCAGAAGAUUUAUUUUACCAGAACAACUUAAAAAAUAGAUGAAACAAGAACAGAGGAGGACUUUCAUCUGCUCUCCAGCUCCACCUUCGCCCCAGCACAAGAACUUUCCUUCGGGGAAAACUUCCUUCUCUACUAACUUUCGCCUUGAAAACCGAAGAAAGAGCCAUGGCCCAUUCCAGUGGACGUCGGACGCAGUUUCUCGCCAACGUGGAUCCGAUUGACAUUCGUCGUGCCUUAGCCGGUUUCGAUCCAGAGACGACCUUGGUCAUCAUCUGCUCAAAAACAUUCACGACCGCAGAAACCAUUCUCAACGCAGAAUGCGUGAAACAGUGGAUGCUCGACGGAGUGCGCAGAGUGUUGAAGAUUAGGAAAGAGUGCUUUGUAUUUGUAAAUAACAAAGGUUCUUGCUCUUUUCUCAGCAUGAAUGGUUCCGGUAUUUGGUAUAGCCUGAAUUUGAUGAUCAGAAGGGGGAAAACAAGAAGAGAACCCUUAGGAUCAAAUUCAGGCUAUACCAAAGACCAGUAGAACCAUGAGCAUGACACACUGCAACAAGAUGAAAUUACAACCUCUAAGGACAAAAGCGGUUCAGCCGAUUUGUCCGAUUCCGAUAUCGUUAGCAAGCAUGUCGUUGCAUGCUCUACGAAUAUCCCGCUCACGCAAAAGUUUGGAAUCCAAAAAACCUUCGGAUUCUGGGAUUGGGUUGGCGGUCGCUUCUCAGUUUGCUCCGCUAUCGGGAUUCUUCCCUUGAUUAUGAAGGUGGAGACUAAAUUUCAUGCAGUUGAUAAAUGGGAUUUCUGCGCAGUUGGCUUAGUGGUUUAGGCGUUGGCCUGUUCACUUAUCACAGUUGUAUAUGCCAUCUUCUUACAACGCGAUUCAAAAACCCACUUCACUCAGCGCUAUUUGCAUUUUUUACCGUGCUGUCCCUCAUCUAAGAUCUCUCUCCAUUUCGGUCCUGAUAUUGUCGAAUCUUUCCUAUCGGGUGCGCGACAGAUGGACGAGCACUUUUUUUCCGCGCCUCUUGCCGAAAACUUGCCGGUGCUCAUGGGCCUGGUAGCAUUUUGGAACCGGAGUUUUUUGAACUUCUCCACGUGCGCCAUUUUGCCGUAUUGCCAGGCUCUGCAUCGGUUCACCGCACAUAUUCAACAACUCGACAUGGAAAGCAACGGGAAGUUGGUUCCUAUGGUGAUGCUGAUGAUUUUGAUUUAAUGCUGGUAGAGUUCUUAUAAUUAUAGCUAUUUUAUCUUUGAUCUACAUAUUACUUAUACAUUUCUUUUUACUUUUCCUAGUUAGGUUGGCUCCACCCAUAUUAAAUACGCGUAUUUGCAUUUCUUGAUUGAUAUUUAUUCUACACGACUACAUGUUGUAAUAGGGUAAGCAGCGACUCCUGUGCCUGUUCAUCUAACUACUGUGCUGACACAGCCGAGCGGGUCGAAGGAGAUACUGGCGCGAUCUACUUUGGUGAGCCGGGUACGAAUGCGCAACACAGUUUCUAUCAGCUGCUGCAUCAGGGAACCACAGUGAUCCCAUCCGAAUUCAUCGGGUUCACUGAAAGCCAGAAUGCUGUCACAGGUCCAGGACGCGAGCUCAGUAACCAUGACGAAUUGAUGGCAAACUUCUUUGCACAACCUAACGCCUUGGCGCUUGGUCAAACAAAAGAGGAGGUCGUCGCAAAGAAUGGCGAUAUCACUUAUCAGAAUUUAUGAUCUUCAGUUUGGACAUUUGAUAUUCAUCUAAGUAAUUCAGUCACAUUUACGGUGAAAAGUAGAAAAAAGAUGCGUCAUCGUUUUCCCGAAAUUAUGAAACCUCUUGCUCCAAACUUCCUCCAGCACCUUCCCUUCUUCAUUCUACGGUCAGCUAAGCCUAGUGCCGCACAAGUGCUUUCCGGGAGAUCGUCCGUCGACGAUGUUACUCUUCGACGGAAAAUGCGAUGCGCGAGCAGUGGGUAUGCUGUUGGCCUUGUAUGAACACCGGACCGCAGUCCAAGGCUGGUUGUGGGGCAUCAACAGCUUUGAUCAGGUAUUUUAUAAUGAAAAAUUGCAACAUGAUUGAUUAAGCAGGAGCAGCUUUGAUGUUUCGAAUAGGCGCAAAUCAGACCUACAUCUUCUUUUUGCCUACGUACUAGGAUCUUUCAUCUGAGUUGUAUUCCAAAACUUGGUAAACUAUCACACACGAACAGUACGGUGUCGAACUCGGAAAAGUACUGGCGAAGGACAUUGUGGGAACUAUGAAGCAGCAUCGUUCCGGCUCCGAUAUGUCGGGUGCGGGUGGUCCGACCAGCCGCCUUUUAGGUCGCUAUUUGAAAAAGUCGAGUCCUUACUGAGGACGAAGAGCAGUGCGUAAGAAGAUCACAAAUGAAGAUUCCCCGAAGGAUUCUGAAGGUAACCACCUCCUGCAAGGCUGGCAAAGAGGUUCAUUCCUUUUUAACAGGGGAUCAAGGCUCUGAUGAAUACAUGCAUUUGCUCUGAUAAAUUUGUUUCAGUGCAUUUUUUACGUUUGGGUUGGAAGUGAAUGAUCAUGAUGUGAAGAUUGUGUUGUGUAAGUAUUGAUCUUGAAGUUUUUUUGAUAAGUUUGCUUUCUUUUCCUUGGGAUAUCAAUCAUUCUUUGUAGCAUCCUUCCUCGAAAGUUGUUGAUGCAAUGUCAUCACGGACGCUUCAUUCUAGCAGGAAGGCGAUUGAACAGCAGAAUUAUGUUGAGAUCUACUCAUCGAGAUCAACCUCAUUUUACUUUUACAUUUUCCUCCUCAACAGUCAGUCACGGCUGUUGCUGACAACAAAUCACCUUCAUCUUUCAUGUCUGACAGGAACAUGAACAUGAUCCUUUCUUUCACUCAUGGUCGAGAAGUCAUAUUAGCCUCAGUCAUCAGCCUUCCGUAUCAUGACUCGAUCACGCAUUGGAAC